CAGCAGGGUGCUACUCAAUGCCCUCUUUCCCUCCAUUUCGGUCCCCCCUUUCGCGCGCCGCUGCUCAUCGAACCUCUCCGCAACUCCGACGGCCCGAGAGCUCCGGCGGCCAUGGCGGCUUUCCUCCGUCACGCUUCCAAGUCGCCGCAGAGCCGCGCCUCCCUCGUCGCGCUCCGACGAAGCUUUGCGACCGGCUCGUCUCCCCACAUCGCAAAGCCCCGCCUAAAUCCCGUUCAAGCAAGAUCAUUGGUCAGUUCCUCUGGAGCAAUCGGUGGGUUCGAUGAGAUGGUGGCGGCGAAUAGUCGGAAGUAUUACAUGAUAGGUGGGAAGGGAGGUGUUGGGAAAACAAGUUGCGCCGCUUCCCUCGCCGUGAAGUUCGCUAACCAUGGCCACCCUACCAUAGUGGUCUCGACUGACCCUGCUCAUUCGUUAAGCGAUUCGUUUGCGCAGGAUUUGACUGGAGGGGUGCCUAUUCCUGUCGAAGGUGUCGAUGCUCCAUUAUAUGCUUUAGAGGUAAAUCCUGAGAAGUCCAGGGAAGAGUUCCGCACGGCAAGUCAAAAAAAUAAUGGCGGUGGCAUCAAAGAUCUAAUGGAUAGCAUGGGUCUGGGUGCAAUGGUUGACCAGUUAGGAGACCUAAAAUUAGACGAGUUGUUGGACACUCCUCCACCUGGGUUGGACGAAGCUAUCUCAAUCUCUAAGGUUAUGCAGUUUGUUGAAUCCCCAGAGUACAGUAAUUUCACCCGUGUUGUCUUCGACACAGCGCCCACAGGCCAUACUCUUCGUCUGCUGUCCCUGCCUGAUUUCCUGGAUGCAUCCCUUGGCAAAAUGAUGAAGCUGAAGGAGAAGUUAGCUUCUGCAACUGCAGCCAUCAAAUCUGUUUUUGGGAAACAAGAAGAGCAGAAGGAUGUUUCUGACAAACUUGACCAACUGAGGGAGAGGAUGAGAAAAGUUCGAGACCUUUUUCAUGACCCAGACAUGAUGGAGUUCAUCAUAGUGACAAUUCCUGCGGUUAUGGCGAUAAGUGAAUCAUCGAGAUUGUGUGCAUCCCUGAGGAAGGAAAGUGUUCCUGUCCAGAGGCUCAUUGUUAAUCAGGUCCUUCCUCAGACGGUAGAAGAGUGCAAGUUUUGCUCUGUGAGGAGGAAGGAUCAGUUGCAUGCCCUUGAUAUGAUCAAAACAGAUCCCGAGCUUGCCCGAUUAAGUGUGGUGGAGGCACCCUUAUUUGAUGCUGAGAUAAGGGGCGUUCCAGCUCUUAAAUUCAUGGGGAAUAUGAUUUGGAAAUGAAACUCCGAUCCCUGCACAUAUCUUGAUUUUGUCACCACGGGCGACCGCAUUUGGGAGCACAACUUCUUGUUUCAGAAGAAGGCAAAGUUUUCUCCGCUUCCCAAACAACUUGCAGUUGCAUCUUGAGCCACAUAACUUGUUGAAUCUCUUUUUCACACGACUUCUAGUUUUUGAUUAUCAGGACCACGACCAACCUAAAGAUACAUGAUGCUUGUUGGCACAAAUCCAGCUGAUGUUGGUCGGGAGGCUCAAGGCACGGAUUAACUCCGUGCUUAAAGUUAGUUGGAGGGCCUUCUUUUCUCUAUGCGGAACCAACUCUAUGAAGGAGAACCUGGAGCGAUUAAAACAAUACAGCGGCUUAUCAAUUUCUUCCUACUUCGGUCUCAAGCAACCAUACCCCAUUUUAUCUACUAGAAUCAGACUUUCUGUAUCGAAUGCGUUUGUCUUUGGAAUUGACUUAUUAUGUCAAUUUUGUUUCGGAAUGGAAGUGGUGGGACUUGUAACGUAGAAAUGCAGAAUGUCGAACAAUUUCGACCUUCUUGAGGUGUCGAUGUUUUGGAGUCUUCUGAAACGGCUGAGUUCACUGA